AUGGCUGAGAGUCCCGGGUAUCCGCCCUUCCAGCUGGGGAAGCCUCGCUUCGAUCAGGCUUCAUUCUAUGGGCGCUUCAGACACUUCUUGGACAUCAUCGACCCGCGCACGCUCUUGGUCACACAGAGUCGCCUCAAAGAAGCUGUGCAGUUGCUGGAGGACUUUAAACGCGGGACUUUGCCCCCGGGGGUCACCAGCAAAGAGCUUUGGAGAGCCCAGAAAAUAAAGCAGGCCAUCCUCCACCCGGACACCAACGAGACGAUUUUCAUGCCUUUCAGGAUGUCAGGUUACAUCCCUUUUGGAACACCAAUAGUCGUGGGUCUCCUCCUGCCCAACCAGACGCUGGCGUCCACGGUCUUCUGGCAGUGGAUGAACCAGAGCCACAACGCCUGUGUCAACUACGCCAACCGCAACGCCACCAAGCCGUCCCCGGCGUCCAAGUUCGUCCAGGGCUACCUGGGGGCCGUCAUCAGCGCCGUCUCCAUCGCAGUGGGCCUUAACGUCCUCAUCCAGAGGGCCAGCAAGUUCACCCCGGCCACCCGGCUCCUGAUCCAGAGAUUCGUGCCGUUCCCCGCCGUAGCGAGCGCCAAUAUUUGCAACGUCGUCCUGAUGCGGCACACGGAACUGGAGGAGGGGAUCGACGUCCUGGACAAGGACGGGAACGUCGUGGGAUCGUCCCGGGUGGCAGCCAGACAUGCGCUGCUCGAGACGGCGCUGACGCGCGUGGUGCUGCCGAUGCCCAUCCUGGUGCUGCCCCCCAUCAUCAUGUCUCUCCUGGAGAAGACGGCACUGCUGCGGUCGCGGCCCCGGAUGGUGCUCCCCGUGCAGAGCGUCGUGUGCCUCGCGGCCUUCGGCCUGGCCCUGCCCCUGGCCAUCAGCCUCUUCCCGCAGAUGUCCGAGAUCGAGACGCUGCGUCUGGAGCCCGAAAUCGCCCAGGCCACGACCAGCAGGACCGUCGUCUACAACAAAGGCUUGUAGGAGGCACGCCGGAGGAGGAGGCGCCUGCUUCGAGGGAAGCGGGGGUGGCGGGCAGCAGGGGUGAUUAAUACAAUAGAGUAGAGAAGCUGGGGCUUGUAACAUCUUCCCACUGUUGGGAGCUGCGUGUAAAUUAACACUUUCCGAGACCCGGCAUCUCACAUUGGUCGAAAAGAUUAAUAUUUAAAGUUUUAAAUUAGCAACGGUAGCAGCACAAAGAGGAAAGUGUGGGAGGGGGGAGGCC